CACAGUCUGACUUACACAGGCCGCUCUCCCACUGCUCAACCGCUCUCUUGCUUGCACCCUAUUGCCGUCGAUUACCCGCGUCGCUAUCAACUACGCUUGUUGCAACUGUGUGCUAAUCUGUAAAAUGCCAGGCCAACUAUCAUCUCCACUUUCCACACGCGUUGGCUGCGACGUCAAGGCUGAGGUGCGCUCAAGCUCUUGUGAACAGCGGAAAGCCGCAGAAGGCACGCAGAAGGAGCAGCUCGAUGGCGUCGUCCACCCAAAUGAUGUGGUCACUACCGACUAUUUAAACGUUCAGCCUCGCACUGACGACGCAAAUAAAGAUGCAAACAAUCAUGUACAUGAUCAAGUGCCGCUCAAAUCAGCCCGUCGUGAGUCACUUGCGACUCCUGUCUUUGAACGUACUAGGGGCUCAUCUCAGAUUGCUGUUCAUCCGACUUUGGACAACGCACACCUUGCAACAUGUGAUAUUCUUUACGAAAAUUUCAUGAGUAAGCCGAAGCCUAGGAAUCUCCCUGCUCAUGAGCACUUGAUUUCAAAUCCAGGCAAGGUUCAGCUCAAGGCUGAAGUAAAUUGUCAGCCAGAAGGCGCGGGUGCUGCAGACGACCAUUUUCACGACCUGUCGUUGUCCCCCUCUCAGAAGCCGCUAGUCAACAGUCACGAAGAUGAAAAUUACAAUUACGAUGACGACUGGGAGAAGAUUGAGAGCUGUGAACUUGAUGCGCACACCAAUGAUCACUCUGCCAUACCUAGCGUCGUCUAUCAGCACCCCUCUUUCCGCGCCACAAUCCAAGAGUAUGUCGACAAGUAUCGACUGACAGAGGAACAAAGGCAGACACUUAGGGGUUUAUGGGCCAUGGCGAAGCUAGUCAGCGAGUUUGGGUACUCGGUUGUUUCAGAGCCUAUCGUCGACAUCGCGGACUGGGCUGUCGACAAGCAGUUUGGGUGCCACAUAGAGGACCUGCCCCUAGAGCUGAGAUCGAGGUUUAUGGCAUCGCUGCCGGAGAAACUGCAGAAAGCGAUUCGAACUACGAAUCGAAAGCUCCGCAGAGGUGGUGGCUUCGUCGUGCCACCAGCCGAGAAAAUCGACAAGAAUGCUCGAGACGGCGACCAAAUUGAGAACUGAAGUAACUCAAGACCGCACAGCUCUGGAUAUUCUACAUGUAGAGGACAAUUCUGAAAUGAUUGAUGAGCUUGAGGGUAUGAUUAUUGGCACGGCCUGAAUAAGAUAGGCUAAGAACAGGAGCUUCUAGUGUUCCUGGAUGAAACGUUGGCCUAUCUCCAGGGCAUAAGUCAGUUCUGGUAGUGACAAGGGCUGACCACAAUAAAAGACUGGCAAAACACUCUUCAUUAUGACAGAUCCCAAGUCCGUGGAGACUCAUGGUGCGUUCACAAAGACUGCUACCCAGGGUCUUCCGGCAAGCAACAGAUACCAAGACGUUGCAUGAUAUAUGAUACACUGGCAUCAAUAAAGAACG